ACCAGGGCGUGAGCUUGAUGUUGAUGCGCAGCUCGUGAAGCUUCAGAGCAGAAAGACGUCUGAUCAAAAGUCAAAUAUCGAAGAUCAACAGAGGAAAGUGAAGAGGGCACUGUGACCAUGAAUCUCUCCGCCCCCCUCCCAUUGGUCCUCCUCCUCUUCCUGAGUCCAGCCUCCUCUCAGACCGUCAACCCCUCUGUGGAGGAUUUGACCAAUAGGAACUCAGACUUCGCCACCCGGUUGUAUCGAGUGGUCGCUAGUCGGACUGACGAGAACGUCUUCCUGUCUCCGUUCACGCUGUCCGCCGGACUGAUGGCGCUGCUGAGUGCCAGCAACGGGCCGACCCAGGACCAGCUGCUUCAAGGACUUACCCUGACUGGACUGGACCCACAAACUCUACCAGAUUUGUUUCAGACUCUGAGGACCAUCGUCCUGCAGGGGGGCGGGAACCUGCAGCAGGGCGUGGCCAUCCUCCCCGCCCAGGGCUUCCAGUUGUCCCCCUCCUACCUGGACCUGGUUCAGACAAAGUUUGGGGGACAUGCUGAGAAUCUGGUCUACACAGCACCACAGGAAGCUGUCGACAUCAUCAACCGCUGGGUCCAGCAGCAGACCAGUGAUCAGGUCCGGGAGCUGGUGACCAACCUGGACCCCCAGACCCAGCUGCUGCUUGCCACUGCUGCCUCAUACCAGACCCAGUUCACUCCGUACUUUAACGCAUCCCUCUCUCAGGACGAGCGUUUCUACGUGGACAAGUAUCACGUCGUCAUGGUUACCAUGAUGUUUAGGGCCGAUAAGUACUUCCUGGCAUACGACCGCUUGGUGAAGGUCGGCGUGUUGAAGCUGCCGAUGACGGACGGAGCGGCGAUGUUAGUGGUGCUGCCUGAUGAAGACGUGGACAUCAACACAGUCGAAGGUGAAAUAACAGCCGAGAAGAUUCAGGCCUGGAUCAAACAGCUGAAGAAGACGAAGUUGGAGGUGCAGCUCCCUCGCUUCAUGUUGGAGCGUUCCUAUUCUCUGAAGGACGUCCUGCAGACUCUUGACAUCACUCAGGUGUUUCAGGACGACGCUGACACCACCAACAUGGGUGGGGCUAAAGGACCCAGACUCACAGAGGUUUUCCAUAAAUCCAUCGUCUCAGUUGACGAGCGCAGUGAUAACAUCCCUGAAGGGGGCGGAGUCAGCGUGUUCUCUGCUCUUCCUCCUCGACUCACCAUCAACAGACCCUUCAUCUUCAUCAUCUACCAGCCGACCACUGGCAACCUGCUGUUCAUGGGCCGAGUGGUCGACCCCACCAAGAAAUAAUAACAACUAGGUUACCUGAGAGGUUGCUUAGCCACGUCCACCUGAGUCACACCUAUCAAACUUUACGUUAACAGUUUAAAAUGAGGAUGUAGCAGGUGUACAAUGUUCUAAUGUUAUUCUACUGUCAGUAGACUCAUGUCUCAGUCUGUAGUGUUUACUGUGUUUUCCAGCCUGAGGGUCCGGACUCCCUGAGGGGUCGCAAGAUCAAUCUGAACGGCCCUGACGAUUAAACUGAAAUUACUGAUCUGACUUUUCCUCUAGAGCCAUCAUCAGGUCAACAUUUUGAUUUUUUCACUUACCUGGUUCAUGACCAAACAACAUGUAAUGACAUUCCCAUCAGCCUCAGCUGGACGCUUUGUUUACUGCUAAUUAGCAUAGUAAACAUACCUGCUAAACAUCAGCUGAUGUUAGUAUGUAGUUCAAUGUCAAGAAUAAACUUAAAGAUAAAAAAUCAAUAUCUGGUUGUUGUCAUGUGACCAGUGAUGAGAUCACACGCUGACGCUGCUUUGUUUUCAACAUCGAUUGUAACGUUCCCUUCACCCUCUCACUGAGGAUCUGUGAUUUAUGUUUGAUGCCGAGUCAUCCAGUGACUGAACGCAGCACACUGCCCUGUACAGGGAGGAGGAGUCAAACAGAAUAUUAAUCUGUGUGACAUCUGCGCCACAGCCCUGAACUUAAAGUCACCAUGUUGGAGUAACUACAACCUGGGACUAGUCCUCCCUGUCGUAACCUGGUAGUUAACAGUGUUGAUGAGUCCUGGAUGACUGACCGGUGUGGUGACAUCCCAUCCACCUCAGCUGGACUGUGUUUACAGCUAAUCAGCAUGUUAGCAUGACAGCAUGACAGCAACUAUCAUACCAUACCACAUGUUCUAUUCAUAGUUGAUGACUGUUAUUAACCACCUGUACAACAUUAAAUAUUUAAAAACA